GGUUUGUGUAUGCGUUCGAUGGCUCAUCCAAACGAGCUGAGGGUACGAGAGCAAUACAAUGCACUCGCACACACACACUUCGUUCCACUCAGCCAACCAAACAGACAGGCAACCAGACCAAUAGAUAUCGUAUCGACACAUACAGGUGCAUGAAUAUGGAAAGGAGAGGACGCCUGCAUCCAUCCACUCACGCAUCAGAGGCAUGGAGUGCACAGCCAGCCAUGCAGCAGGCAGCUGAUCUACCCACCUACAGCGGGGAGCGAGCUACAGAGAGGAUGACAGGCAGCACCCCAUAACCGACCGACCGACCGACUCCAUCACCCCCCCUGAACACAACACACGGCACACCGCAGUGUAUUAGGGCAGCUGUGAUCUGCUGUGUACCUCCGCUGCCUCUCCUUCGCCGCUGCCGUCAUCCAUAUCGUCGCUAUCAUCGCCACCGUCGCCGUCUGCAGCACACACAAACAUGAAAGGCCCGUCAUACACACCCACGUGUAUGAGCGCACCAUUCUCACUAUCAUCCUCCGGCUGCUGCUGUGGCGGUUGUUGUGGUGGCUGUUGCUGCUGCUCUUGUACUUAGCCGUCGAACACGAAGGGCGCCACCGGCCCCAGCGCCACACGAGCCAGGGCGGUGGUCAGCGGGAGGUAGUCCUUGCAAUCACCACUGUCGUCACCCACACAUGCCUCGGUCGUGUCGAGCACUAUAUUCACUGAAGAGAAGCGAAGGGAAGAGGCCACAGACUACAGUUGACCAGCAGAUCUGCUUGUGUGUCAGCCUGACCGUUGUCAGCGUGCGAUGGGUCAUUCGCCCAAAUGGUGAUCCACGCGACGAAUGAAUGGCUGCUGUCGGUGAGCACCAGCUGCCGCCGCGUAUUCACACUAAUCUCUUGGUACGGCGGCCGGAGUGCGCGGCGUAUCGUGGUGCGAGUUGCUGUCGUAGUGCAUCCCUCCACUGGCGUGUGGGGUGACUGGGUGAAGAGGUCAUGCAGGCGGCCGCCACCAACGUACCUGAACCAACGUCACAAUCAAAGACGCCCCCCUCUUGCAGGCCGCCUACACACCUCUUGAGGUCUGUGAGGGUUCCAUCGGGGUCCUCGUCGCAAGUUUCCUCGUAAUGCAGGAUGAUCGUGCUCUUGACGAACGACGACAGCGACGCAUACGUCUCCAGGCAACCGGAAACGCUCCAGUCCCUCCACCAUCGUUCGAUGCCGCUCCUCACUGGCGGGUCGUGCUGUAGUCGGUGCUGCUGGUACAGAUGGCCGGCAGGGAGGGGCGGGUCGACCUCCACCAGGAAGUUAGGCUCGUCUCGGACGGCCCGCACCUCCUCACCAUGGCGGAACAGCUGCAUGCAGCUGCCGUUCCCGAAGUCGACGUGGCGGCCGACCAUGAUCAGCUGCGCCAACACACGAGCUAUCGAACUAUACGCCUACACGACAUCACACACACAGAAAGGGGCGGGGAGAGAACAGAGAAGGAAGAAUGGACGAGGCCUCUCUGUCCUCUCCCGCCCGUAUAUAUGUGUGUGUGUGCCUUACCGUCUUAUUGGCGUGUGUGCGGAUGUCAUCUGCCGUGAUGUUGACGGGCAGAGUGCAGUAGCCGAACUGGCUGGCCAGCUGCAGCACCUCUCGCACCUCAUCCCAUCGCCCGCCGUGCUCGGCUAUCCACACGGCCGCGAGCAGCUCAGCCGUCGGCAGGGACUGGUCAAACUGCACCAGCUGCAGCCGACUGUUGACGCCAUCUCCAUCACGGGCAAGCGAGUUGGCGAGGCGGGUGCGCAGCUCGCCCGCCCCGAAGAGAUGUCUGAGCCAUUCGCAGGUGCUUCUCAGACGCAGUAUGUCCUUGUGGCUGAGCAAGAAGCACGUUCGGCGGCCGCGGAAGAUGUAUGUGAAGGGAUGCUGUUGUUCCCCUUCUUCCUGGACAGGGAGGCCGAGCAGCCUCCGCGUUCUGUGAAAGCCACGACGCCUGUAGGCAGGACAGGCAAGACAUGCAAACAGAGCAGACACAGCGCAUCUGCUAUGAUUCAUACUCCAACGUUCACACCGCACCCAUCGAGCUCUCCUUACCUUGUCGUCAUGGCGUCGACCUUUCUCUCUCCCCCCCUCCCC